GACAUAAAAGGAUAACAAACAGAUGGAGGGCAGGGCAUCGUAAAAGAGGGAAUGGAGAACAACAUGGAUGAGGAGUGGCUGUAACCUUUGGCUGCUACUUCUGAAGAUACCCUCUGCUCUCAAGUGGAAUUUGUUUUGGAUUGGGUUUAUUGUUUUGUUUUGUUUAGUGGCACAAAACACGCGACGGAGGGACCUCCCGCCUCUUCCACAGCGUGGACAGCGUGCCCUGCCCCCCAUGUCAAGUCAAGAUACAGGUGAUGAGAUGCCGGUCCCUAAAAGCAAGAGGAAAAAGUCAAAGAGUCAGGUGGAUGGUGUUGAAAGCCCAGAGGCAGACCCAGGGGUGGAGAUGGCCCAGAUGGGGGGCCUGAUCAGUCGUAGGUCAUCUGAGGUCAUCCAGGCCUUGACCCCCGAGUCGCAGGAAGCUGCACCACAGAGAAGGAAGAAGAAGAAAAAGGCAGCGACCGUAGACCUGGAGGAUGACCAGGCUGACCUGGUGAACGGGGAUGGACUGGUCCAGAACACAGCCGAGGCAGGGGAAGAAGUGACCAAAAAACCCAAGAGGAAGAAGAAGUCGAAAGUGUCCGAGACACAGUACGUCAACGAGCUUGAUGUCGAGGACGAUGACAUCAUCACAGACGCUCAGCCACCCAUUCCGCAGCAUUCCCUGUUCUCUGCUCCCCUGGGACAGAGCCAGCCUGUGGGGAAGGUGUUUGUCGAGAGGAGCAAGAGGUUUCAAGCGGCCGAUCGGUCAGACAGACCGAAGCCCAGCGAUCAGGUGGACAACUUUGUGGACAUCCAGCAGAUGUGGACCACCAAGGAUGUGUCUGUUAGGGUACAUGGUGGCUUCAGGGGGAUUGGGCUGUUCUGCCACGGCUUCCUAGCAGGCUAUGCAGUGUGGAACAUCAUAGUGAUCUAUGCCCUGGCAGGAAAACAUCUCACUACUCUGCCUAACCUACUGCAGCAGUACCACAGCCUGGCCUACCCUGCACAGUCUCUCUUCUACCUGCUACUGGCUAUAAGCACUGUGUCAGCCUUUGACAGGGUGAAUCUGGCCAAAGGCGCCAUGGCUAUGAGAGAGUUUGUCACCCUGGACCCAGUUGCUCUAGCCUCUUUCUUGUACUUCUCAGCUCUGGUCCUCUCUCUCAGCCAGCAGAUGACCAGUGACCGCAUCAACCUGUACCCCAGUGCUAACGAGACCUUAUGGCCUCCUGGGUCAGAGCAACAGAUCCUGAAUCCGUGGAUCAUAGUGAACCUGGUGGUGGCUGUGCUGGUGGGAUUGGCCUGGAUCUUCAUCUCCGCCAGGCCUGAGAUGGAUUACACCGAAGGGUUCCUAAUGGCUAUGGAGAUCGAGUCCUUGAGACCAGAGGAGAAAUCAGAAAUGUCUACUUGAGGAAUAUUUGUUUCAAUUUUUGCUCGCACAUCUUUUUUUGUACCGUAUUUUAUCAGCCAACACAAAAUGUACAUGUUGUUAGUGGCAAUAAUCAGUUUAUUUUUGUAUGACCUGAAUGUGUGCUUGUUUUGUCAAAUGUAUUGGUUACCAUUGGAAAUAAUAAAAAUGUUAUCCCACUGA